AUGGUGAGAACUACAUGUAUUGACAAAAGUGGAUUGAAGAAAGGUGCAUGGAGUGAAGAAGAAGACAAUAAAUUGAGAGCCUAUGUUCUAAGAUAUGGCCAUUGGAAUUGGCGACAGCUGCCUAAAUUUGCCGGUCUAUCUAGGUGUGGUAAAAGUUGCAGACUGAGAUGGAUGAAUUACCUGAGGCCUGGUGUCAAAAGAGGCAACUUUAGUGAGGAAGAGGAGGAACUAAUACUGAAGUCACAUAAAGAAUUGGGAAACAGAUGGUCAGCUAUUACCGCAAGAUUACCAGGAAGAACGGAUAACGAAGUAAAAAAUUAUUGGCACACUCAUCUCAGAAAGCGCAACAAACAAGAUUCAAAACCAAAGGAUAAAAUUGAGCAAACUAGCGAAAGAUCCCAACCCAUGGAUAGUGAUGCAGAUCAAGACAAGGAAUCUUCUGCAAUAUCCAUAUUUCAUUCCACUACUGAUCAAAAUAGAUCAGGAUUGGAGACUGAAAUUGCUGCUGAUACUAACUGCGAGUUGUCCCCCUUGAGCUGCGGUUCAAAACAUUUUGACGGUGGAGACUGGUUUGGAGAAGACAGCAACAGUUCAGUGGAAUCAUUACCUGAAUCCUUCGAGAGUUUCUGGACCGAACCCUUUGCUUUGGACACAUCAUAUAGCAAUCUUAAAGUAAUUAAUUAUGACUGGUUGCCACCUGUUGAGGAAGAAUUUACAUACGCUUCCUCCUCAUUUCUUGAUGAAGAUAUGGAUUGGUUUCACGAGUUGAUACAAUAA